AUUACGUAUCUUAAAUUUUAUUCUGAAAUGAGGUUAUUAGAAAAACUUAGUAAGUUUUCUCCGACUUAAGUUCCAGGGAGACAAUUACAUUAGCUCCUAGGUUUUUUUUCCCCUCCACGGGGUAUUGGGAUGAUACGUGGUCAGCUUGGUAAGCAGAGGUGUCCUACAUUCUUUGUUGCUGUCCACGCCUUUGGAGUAUUUUGACGUUUUAAAUUGUUCUUUAGUUCUGACGAAGACUACAUGCUUUAACACAAUCUUGGGAGCUUUUACAAAAGGGUAAACAAAUAAUAAAAAAAAGGGUAUAACUCCAGCACCGGUAGCCAGUGUCAGCAUUAAUAUAAAACUAAAACCAUGAAUCUGGAGAACACAAACAGAGAGUUGGAGGAAAAGCUGAGAGAAGCUGCCAGUUUAGGGGACAUGGAUUUUAUGAAGAAAUUAGUCAAAAUGGAUGUGAAUAUUAAUUCACAGAAUUCAAUGAAUGGUCGUACUGCUUUACACUGGGGAGCAAAGAGGGGCCAUUUAGCAGUAGUACAAUACCUGUUGGCUAAUGGUGCUGAUCCCAGGAUUACAGAUAAUGAGGGAAAGUUUCCAGCUGAGUUGACUGCUAAUCCAGAUGUUCAUUUGCUAUUGGGUGGGUCACGAGACAUCGCCCCAGCACCGAGCACACUACCAAUUACUCCCAGUUACUUGGCACAUCCUCCUUUCCCUUACUCAGGCAACAGUGAGAGAGCACAGUCUGGUUCCAGUACAUCGCUCGACAAGGAAAGAGUGUAUUACGAGACAUUCAGAAUGAACAACCAUAUCACCUCAUCACCUGAUGAUGCAGAACUAGUCCUGAAAGCUCGGUUAGCCAACUCUGACGACCAUGAUUUCAUAGAGGUGGAGUUACCAAGAACAAAUCUGAAGUAUGAAGCACUGCUAAAUCUUCUAUGUGCUGAACUGUGUGUUGACAAACAGUUGGUCUCCCGAAUCCGUAAGCUUCCAGACACUAUCAUCAGGAAAGAUAAAGACAUUGGCAGACUACAGGAUUUUCAAGAGGUGGAGCUGGUUUUGACAAACAAAGCAUUAAGUGCGGCAUCUCGAGGAUAUGGAGGCAUAGGUGCGAAGCCAGGCAUGACUAAUGAGCAAAUUUUGUAUUAAAAUUUCUCUUUUUUUCUUGUGUCUUAAUUGUAAGUUUUUGUGGAAUUAUUGUAACUUUCUCAUAUCUUCGAUAACCUUUACAUUGAAGGUUAACUCUGAAGUAUGAAACAUGCCUUUUGCGUAAAAACUUCUUGCAAGUUGAGAACUGAAAAAAAAAGGUGGUUAUGAUGUUUGGUUUAUCAUUAUGGUUACAAAAAUAUAAUCCAUUUGCAUGGUUCUAUGGGGUGUGCAUUGUGGCCCUAUGCUCCUCGAGGAGUAGCAAGGAAUGAUGAUGAUGAGGUGUGCAUGUGCAGAUAUUUUCUUUUUACAAAGGAAGAAGCCAGUGUCAAGAGAAAUUGUGACCAUAUCUGCUCGAAAGGCUCCUUUUUGCAUAAUCCUUUGCUGAUGCAUUAUCAUUUCAUGAAUUUAUAUUUUCACGAUUCCUUAUAUCUAUACUGCUGAUAUGGCACACUACGUAUUGUAAACACUGUAAUGCCUGACUUUUAAUACCAUCAGUUUGAAGAUAUACAGCAUCAGGUACUGAACUGUUACUACUUAAGUAAAAGAAAUUAUGCAGGAUAUACAAAUUGAAACAUAUUGUUAAACAGGUAAUAUAUAAUUUUUUUACAUUUUAAAAUUUAUACACAAAGGAAAAUGUAACCUUCAGAACGUUGCUGUUUAGAUGACUUGGUUUGUGCGAGACCAAUCAAAUGAACUUUUUCAGACAUGAGAUCAUGGCUCUGAUCUUGAUGGCUUAAAUAUCUUUGGUGCAUAUUAUUUCUCAAAUAAUUUUCAAGAACUUUUAUAGAAACAAAAGUGCAUCUAUAGCAUCACAGAAAAGGCAGCAUUCUGAUGGUAUAUAGACUGGCUAACUAAGGUGACCAGACGUUUCGGGGGCGAAAGCGGGACACGUGCCGAUGAUGGUGUCGUCACCGUCAAAAAAAGUGAUUUUUAAAGACAACCGGGACAUUUUAUGGACUUGCCAGAAAGCCAGAAGCGGGACAUUGGGCGUCCCGCCCGAUAUUCAGGCGGGACACGAGGUCAAAAGCGGGACUGUCCCGCCAAAUUCAGGACGUCUGGUCUCCUUAGGCUAACACAACACUAGAUAUAUGUAAGUACAUUUAAAAAGAGGUCCACAACCUUGAAAACAUCAGGGUGGAGUUGAGAAACCUCAUUCUGUCAUUUCGUCAAGAUGGUAUAAGGAAGCCAUUGCUGCUUUACAACUGUGUGUAAGAUGAAAGAUUGAAAUUUAACUGAUAGCAACAGCUUAGGCAUUGUUCAUGAUGUGCAUGGCAUGAAAGACAAAUGCAGGAAGGUCUAGUGACGUCACUUCUUCAACAUCUUUUCUCCAGCAUAUGCUCUUUACUUUUUCAGAAUAAAUUUUGGACGUGGAUAGCUC